AUGCUGAAAGAACGUGUUAUAAAUGAAACAGUACCAAUACAAAAAAUAUAUGACGAAGAAAUUAUGAAAGCGCAUUUCUCAUCAGAAACUCUUCCAUCUGUUCCAUUGGUUUAUAAGAUACAACCAGGAUCAAAUCAGGCACGAAAAAAUUUAACUCCUACAUUGCCUUCAUCGAGUUCGUUUGAUAUUCCUGAUGCUUAUCAAAGUACAAAUUCUGACGAAACUUUCUUAAUUUAUGAUAAACUGGUUUCCUGUAAAAAAAGAGUAUUAAUUUUUGCUAGUCCAAAAUAA